AUGGCACCAAGCAAGACAUAUCGGCCAACGCCUGGCCUCAGCUACCUCAUGGCCGUCACCGGUGCUCUCGCCUGCCAGCGAGACUUCGACAGUCCUUCUGGGGCCAACCACCUGCGCCAUACUCAGCCGGUCAUCAAAGCGCGGCAGGAUAGCCCCCUGCCUGUCCUGUCAGAGGCAGAGAGUCUGCUGGUAAACUCGUUCGACAACACGUCGAUUGAUAGCUGGUCGUACUACUACACGCACGGCUACCACGUCGCAGGCAGCAACAGGACCAUGGCUCAGUGGACGGCGGACCAGUGGUCGUCGUUCGGCGUCCCCUCGUCCCAGGCCGAGUACUGGGCAUUCCUCAACUACCCAGUCUCCCAGUCGGUCUCAUUGGAACUCCCCAACGGCAGCAGCUACUCGGCCGUCCUCAUCGAGGAGACGUUGAGCCAGGACGAGACGACGUCGUAUCCCAACAGUGUUCCGGCAUUCCAUGGCCUUUCCUGGAGCGGGCAGGAGUCGGCCGAGUACGUCUACGUCGGACGAGGCCAGCAGGUGGACUUCGAACGCUUGAAGGCUCUUGGUGUCCCUCUGGAGGGCAAGAUUGCCGUGGCCAAGUACGGCGGCCCCUUUCGCGGCCUCAAGGUGAAAAACGCGCAGCACAACGGGAUGAAAGCCGUCGUCAUCUUCACAGACCCGGGGGAUGAUGGUAACGUCACAGAAGCCAACGGGUUCGCGCCCUAUCCUGAAGGCCCUGCGCGGAACCCAACAAGUAUACAGCGCGGCUCGGUCCAGUUCCUCUCGCAACGGCCUGGGGAUCCAACCACGCCCGGGUAUCCGUCCAAGCAGGACUCGCCCAGGGCCGACACAUCCGACGUCACCCCACGGAUCCCGUCGGUGCCUAUCUCUUGGAAAGAUGCUGUGCCAAUUCUCGCUGCGCUGAACGGCUUUGGGGUACCUGGGGCACAGGUCAACCGGUCGGGUUGGGUCGGCGGCCUCAACGUCACGUACAGUACCGGGCCGGCUCCUGGUGCAAUCCUCUCUCUGUCUAACGAAAUGGAGGACACCAUCACUCCAAUCUGGAAUGCUGUCGGAAUCAUCAAUGGCACCGGUCCGGACUACACACUGGUCAUUGGUAACCACAGAGACGCAUGGAUUGUUGGGGGAGCAGCCGACCCAAACUCCGGAUCCGCAGUCAUGGUCGAGCUCUCCAAGGCGUUCGGGAGGCUCUUGUCCACCGGUUGGAGGCCGAGGAGAAACAUUGUCCUCUGCAGCUGGGACGCUGAAGAAUAUGGGCUGUACGGGUCGACCGAGUGGGUCGAGGAAUAUGCUCCCUGGCUUGCGCAGACCGGCGUGGCCUACCUCAAUAUCGACGUUGGCGUGUCGGGACCCCGUCCGAGGUUCUCGUCCACGCCAGAGCUGCACAACAUCACCCAGGACGUCAUGAAGAAGGUGUUGUGGCCACACGUGGGCGUUGGCGAGCUCAAUAGGACCAUGUACGAAGCCUGGUUCGACGAGACUGGAGGCAACGUCGGCGUCUUGGGCAGCGGGUCGGACUACACUGCAUUCGUGCACAACGGCAUCAGCUCGGUUGACGUCGGAUCGUCCGGAGGACCCAACGAUGCCGUCUAUCAAUACCACUCCAACUACGACAGUCAUCACUGGAUGACCGCCUACGGUGACCCAGGAUUUGUCGUCCACAAGGCCAUGGGCCAGUUCCUCACCCUGCUGGCCUAUCACCUCGCGGAUGAUCCCGUCAUCCCCCUCGAGGUUCCAAACUACACGACACAGCUCAGGGCUUAUCUUGAAGAGCUGCGUGCUACGAUUACCGAGGCUGGCAUAGGACUCGACGUGGAGCCUCUGGCGGCUGCUAUCGACACAUUCGGAGAUUCGGCCGACAAAAUAGCCGCACUCGCAGCUGAAGCGACCGUCACGGGGGACGCGGUCCUCGUCGACCAGGUGAACUCAAAGUAUCGUGACUUCCAACGUGGCUUCACCUCGCAGGGCGGCCUACCAGAUCGUGGCUUUUUUAGGCACGUCGUGUUUGCCCCAGGCAUAGACACUGGGUAUGCGCCGGUGAUCUACCCCGGAAUCACCGAGGCGGUUGACGCCGGAAAUGGUUCGCUGGCAUCAUCGGAGUUGCAGAGGACCAUCGCAGCCAUUGAAGCAGCGGCAGCUAUCUUGACCGCAUGA